GUUAAUUAUAAGCCUGUUCUGGGGGGGGGGCACUGGAAGGCAUUUUGACAGAGUUGACCAUAAUUUACUUUUUCUCUCAACGUGGUCUUUCGCCUUCUGGAACUUGUUAUAAAGGCCUAAAGGCAACAGGUUAAUGGGGCGGAACAUUUUCGUUUUAGUUUAACGCUAGCGUCUACGUAGUUAAUGGUUCUUAUCACGUGCCGUCUGGUGAUCAAAACCAACGCUUACCUAUGGCUGUGACACUCAAAUUGACAUGGUACACGUGGUUAUCUGCUGUCAGUCUGUUAAACAACAUUGCUCAGCAUUCAUUAGAGGUCACCGCAAACUGUGCGGGUUGCAAUCCACUGGUGGGAGCGUAUUCAGGCUGCAAUACCACAAACGGACAGUGCAACUGCCUCACUGGCGUAACAGGAACGCUUUGUGACCACUGUCAAGACGGAUAUUUUCUUCCGCCUUUGGAUGGUAUCACACUGCAAGCAAGAGAAGCUGCCUGUACGAGGAAAUUUGAAAACGGAAACUCGGAACAGUUCAAGUGUUCUGUUUCUGGAGGAUCGACAUCGACAAUGAAUAACGGAUCCAUCGAAAUCGGUUACUACACUUACUGCAGACAGCACGACUGCUUCAGUGGUGCAUCGUUUGCGAGAAGCAUAUCUGUAACUUUCAAAGCGACUGUUCCAAAGUCUACAAACUACAGCAUCGUGCUACGUUACACAGGUCAGCGAAAGGCAGGGAAUUGGAAAGACGUUAAAGUCUAUCCCGAUAUUGAUUCCCCUGGAUUUGUCCAUAUAACUGAUCCAUGCUAUCGACUGUCUGUGUUGGGAGACCAAAUACGGAAACAUACCCUAACAAUACCUCCAGAGCCAGAUGGUCGUACUCCAAUAUUCCAGCCAUUCUGUUUACCUCAAGGAGUGAAGCUUACACUUACUAUUGAAUUUCCCAGGCCACAGAGUUCAUUUUAUUUCAAUGAUCAACUACACUUACAUUCAGUGGUUUUGAUACCAGAUUUGUCUUAUGCCCUGGAAAACGUGUCGUUUACUAUGAAAGACUUGGUAGAGAGAUGCAUCUUGUCAACUGCAAACGCUACUGGCGUUGUACACCAGAUUCCUCCUUUCUGUGCUGGAAUUUCAUUCGUAAGCAUAUCGUUUCUCUAUGGUGGAUGUCUAGAAUGCAAGUGUGGUGUUGGGUAUUGCAAUCAGACGUCUGGUCAGUGUCGGUGCAGGACUGGAUGGAGUGGAUCACAAUGUGAACGAUGUGACCACGGGUAUUAUGCAACUUCGAGUAGGAUGACGAACAAUGGAAACAUAACCAACACAUGUCUGCCUUGCCAGUGUAAUGGCCUGGCACAGACUUGCAACCCACUAAAUGGCACUUGCAUCGACUGCAAGAAUAACACAGUUGGACAGCAUUGCCAAAGUUGUUUACCAGGUUAUGUAACAGUGACUGCUACAGGAAGUCUCAAAGGAUGUCAGCCAUCGACAAUUUCUUUCAGUAAAAUUACAGCACAGGCCAUGACGACAGUGUCACCAACAGUAUUACCUUCGAAUCUAUUUUCAAUAGUGUCUGUUGCCUCUCUGCCUAGUUCUACACCAAUUGCUUUCAGCAAGACUUUGUACUCACCCUAUGUAUCAUUAAUCAAUAUUAUGACUACAACUACUCCAUUGAUCAGCCAAAUAGGAACGACACCAGUAGUUCCUAUGAUGACAACUGAAAUACAAGCAUUUGUGCUAACCAAGUCAUCUUUGAGCAUAGCUAGAUUAACGUCUAGCACCAGAGCCAAAGCCGUCUCAUCAUCGACAAUCCAUUUUAUCAGAGAAUCGUCAUUGGUCACUAAAAUGUCUGAACGGACUGCUCUGAUGUCAUCAGAAUUCUUUGUAUCAUCACAAAGACCAAGUGUUGCAACAACUGCAGGACAAUUUACCAGGACGUCGUGGUCAAUGCUGAAUGUACAUUCUGAUAGAAGCAAUUUCUCGAUGUCAUUGACCACUGGUCGUUUGCGUAAAAGUGCAAGUACAACAGUUCGACAUCCUAUGGCCAGUAUGACACUUCAGACUACAAAAACUGCUCAUAGAGUGUUGCCUUCGAUUUCAUUACUUGGAUCUGCGCAUACAGGAUCCACUGCAUCAACAUAUUCAAUUUCAUCUGGGAAUCGAAGUACAUCACAAUUGAAUAGUGUGUUGCAAACAUCUCUCCACUACAGCACAGUGACUGUGUUACAUCAUUCUUAUUUAAAAUCGCAUAAUUUGGCAGCUACGAAUUUGUCCCAUCUUUUGCUUAGGAAAUCUAUUGGUUCGUCUAUUACUAUCACUAGUACACCAUCAGUACCAGCAGAAUCACAAUUGUUAUCGCUAACAUUGUCAUCAAUAUCAACAGCAGCAGCAACAUCAUCAUUACAAUCAUCACCAUCACCAUCGCCGUCAUUAAGAACAACUACGACACCAGCAGCAGCAGCAACAUUGUUUUCCUCAUUCAACUCCAGUGGCAUUUCAUCAGUCAUUUCACAAGUGUCUUUCUCCACGAUACUCAAUACCAAUUCUGCUGUUCAACUGUCAGUGCCAAAGCAAGUGGGCAGUAGUUCUAUUGUUCAGCAGUCACAUUCUUUUUCACGGUCUAAUUAUUUCAGUAAACUCUGGACGUCUGUAAUGCCAUCAACGUCGCACCUGUUACUGGUUCCAUCUCCACAUCCAACUGAAGAAACUUCAGUGGGUCUAUCAUCAAUUGCUCCAUCGACAGUGAUCAGUGGGUCCCAGCAUUCUUCACUGUCUGCUCUUUCUUCAAUGCCAACAUUAGUAACAAUGGUCAUUACUGAGAAAAGUCUAAAUACCACAAGUUUGCCAUCUCAUGCCCCUACUCACACCAAGAACAGCCAUUUAGUUAUCAUAACAGUAUCGGUUGUUGUGCCUCUUGCUGCUCUUGUUGUCGCUGCAUCAAUUUGUCUAUAUCGGAAACGAAGACGAAGAUCUACUAGAUACAGAAGUCAAAGGGAGUCUGCUGUCGAGUUGCAAGAACGAGGUAAUUAUAGACUUCUGUCUGAUCCUGUGUGGGAUGAGUUUGAAGACGAUGCUUAAUGACACCGACAUGGUUGAUAGAUGCCCUACCAUUUUACUACUCAUACAGAAGCUGCUAUUACUUGACAUGCUCUGCAUGUCUGGGAGCAUGCGUUGGAGUUUAUGCUAAUAUAUAUAUAUCAAAGAGUCAUGAUUGGACAGACACGUGUAACGCAAACGUUUAAGAUGAAAAUAAUUAAGUAUUCAUAACUUUCCACAUAAAUUCUUGGAAACCGAGGAGACUACAGUAUUUGCAUUGAGAUUCAACCACACAUUGAAAACAUAAUAUUGACGAAAAAAGCGGAAGCACCACUAAGAGUUACGUAAUUACUGCCUGUCAUCUUAUCCAACAAAUAGCCCACGCUUUUUCUGGUUUCAACUUCUGUCAACAUAGACAAUCGUUAGGUACUAAACUGUACAUGUAAAGCCACUCUGUAAAUGUCCUAGAAACUACACUCUACAUCGAUCUGACUCUAGAGUAAAAUCA